GAGGGAGAGGAGGCGUCGGGUUGGAGGAAAGCGGGGGGGACACCCAGCACAGAAAACUGGGACCGAGAUGGCCGGGCUGAGCCGGUGGUCGGUCAUCCGAGUGACCUACCUGCUGACGGUCAUCCAGAUGACCUGCCUCUUCAUGCAGUUCUCCGUGCUUCUGUAUGUGGCGAACGAGCUGGGUUUGGACUCGGUGGGCUUCGGGCUCCUGCAGACCACCUUCGGCCUCCUCCAGCUGCUGGGAAGCCCCGUCUUCGGCAGGUUCCCAGAUGGUCAUCACCGACCUGACCAGCCCAGCCGAGCGUCCGGCUGCUCUGGGGAAGCUGGGCCUGGGCCUGGGCGUGGGCCUUAUCCUGGGCCCCUUGCUCGGGGGGCUCGUGAGCACGAAAUUUGGGAUUUACUCUCCCAUCUACGUCGCCCUCGGGGCCAGCACCCUCGGCGCCGCCAUCAGCGCCAGCUGCAUCCCCGCCAACACCAAGAUGGACGCCCAGGGCCGGUCCACCCCGGGGGGCGGGGGCGGCGGGGGCGUGUUCAGCCUGAAGGAGACGUGGCGCCUGCUCACUCUACCCAGAGUCCUGCCCGUUUUCACCAUCAAAGUGCUAUCCGGUUUCCCCGCAGGUAUCUUCCUGAUCAUGUUGUCCGUCAUCUCGGUGAACGUGUUCGGGCUGGAGGCCCAGCAGACCGGCUACCUCAUGUCCUACUUUGGCGUUUUCCAGAUGGUCAUCCAGGGCCUGGUCAUUGGCCGACUGACCAGUCGCUACUCGGAGAGCGCGUUGCUGCGGCUCAGCGUCCUGGUGCUCGGCGUGGUGGGCCUGGCCAUGGCCCUGAUGACCACCAUUGUCCACUUCUGCCUCCUCGUGCCUCCUCUACUGUUUGGGCUAGUCUCCCUCAACAUCCUGACGGACAACAUCCUGACCAAGGCCGUGUCGCCCAUGGACACCGGGGCCAUGCUCGGACUCUGCGCCUGCGUCCAGCCCCUGACGAGGACGGUGGGCCCCACAUUGGGCGGCUUCCUCUACCAGACUUUCGGGGUCUCGUCUCUGGGCUACCUGCAGUUCGGCGUCAACCUGGCCCUGACCCUCUACCUCCGGGACGGCUCCGUCCUCCGUGGAGUCGAGAAGCCGCAGUGACCUCCGACCGCGACGGGAACCGUCGGGACCAACGGGAGAGGAUUCCUUGCCGGGGUGGGGGCGGGAGUCGGGGACGGGGCUGCCCUUUAAAUAAACUUGCCCUCUCCACACCCUGCUGUCUAGGGGUUGGGGCCAAAGGCCAACCGGACCAUCCCCCCGCCUGCAGACCCACCGUCACCUCCGCCCGGCCCCCCUUGGGGUGCUGACCCCUUCCCCCCACCCUACACUGCGAUUGCCUGGUUGGGGCUGGAAUUCCGACCCCGAGCCCCGGACCUCUCCGCCGAGAAGGAACGCGGCUUUAGGCCUGGGUCGGUCGGUCGUAUUUAUUGAGCGCUUACCGGGUGCGGAGCGCCGUACUCGGCUCGGACCCCCUCCCCGGCCGUGGGGGCGAUGGCCCUGGGGGGAACGACGGGACCGGUGUCCCCGAAUCCCGGCUGGGAGGACGGUGGGGACGGUGUCCCGGACGUCAGCUCAGCGGUGUCCCCCUCACCCCCAUCCCACCUUCCCCUGCGGAGAGAAGCAGGUCCCCCUCUCCAAAAACACUCAGGCCAAGCCAAGGGCUAGAAAAGUAAACCUCUCCACUCCUUUAUUUGGAAUGAACGGCGAUGCAAAAUGAGGAAGUGGGCCUCGGGUCCAGCUUCCGUUGGAAUAAAUACAAAACACGGACAGAAA